AUGGCAGACCUAUCACUCUCAGGGUUGCAGAUUACGCCAGACACUAGCUUAGGUGACAGUAGACCGUCCAUCUACGACAAAGAUGCCACCUGCUUGGUCCCGCCCACGCGAGAGCUGACGGGGCCGCGCAAGGAGCUUUACAACAUGGCCAUUUCUCAGACCUGCAAGCUGGUUUUGAAGGACGGUCGGAUAGUUCUUGGGACGCUCGAGUGUGUUGAUAGCCGUGCCAACAUUGUAUUGACUGGGGCAGCCGAGUACCGCCUGCGAGCCUCUCCCCUUGCCAUGCACUCACGCGAGCGCGCUGUGGAACACGGCGGUGCUCUUUACUACAUGACCCGCCAUCUUGGUAUCGUCUCAGCGACGCCAGACCUCUUAGAGGCUCUAGCCGUGGUGGCCGACCCCGCCAUCGCAUGA